AUGACAGAUUGAGGAGGCCCAUAUGACGUCCAUGUUGUUGAUCUGGCACAUGUCAAUGUGAACGUCGGAGGAUGAAAAUCAACACUGACAACUUUUUUAUUGGGGAUAUGAAGACGUAAAAUGUGCAAAUAGAUAUUGCACCUGGAAAUUAGUGCCAUACGUGCCCCAAACGCGCAAGUCCUGAGCUACGCCCCUGGAUAUUCUGGUUACAGACUCGCCAUCCGCGAGGAUAAACUGUAAACAUGGCGGAGAAAACUGCACCUCAGAUAAAAAUCGGUCAUUAUAUUCUGGGAGAUACGCUCGGCGUUGGAACCUUUGGGAAAGUUAAAAUUGCAACCCACCAUGUAACCAAUCACAAAGUGGCUGUUAAGAUUUUGAAUCGUCAAAAGAUCAAGAAUCUUGAUGUUGUUGGCAAGAUCAAGCGAGAAAUUCAGAAUCUUAAACUAUUCAGACAUCCUCAUAUAAUCAAACUAUACCAGGUGAUGAGCACACCCACAGACAUUUUUAUGGUGAUGGAGUAUGUGGCCGGAGGAGAAUUGUUCGAUUACAUUGUUAAACAUGGCAAGUUAAAGGAGCCAGAAGCGAGGCGGUUUUUCCAGCAGAUCAUAUCUGGCGUUGACUACUGCCAUCGACAUAUGGUAGUCCACAGGGAUCUAAAACCAGAGAACCUGCUGCUCGACAGUACCCUCAAUGUCAAAAUAGCUGACUUUGGGCUCUCCAACAUGAUGUAUGACGGCGAGUUCCUCAGAACCAGCUGUGGCUCACCAAAUUACGCAGCUCCAGAAGUCAUCUCGGGAAAAUUGUAUGCGGGGCCUGAAGUUGACAUAUGGAGUUGUGGUGUUAUUUUAUAUGCCCUACUUUGUGGAACUCUGCCUUUUGAUGAUGAGCAUGUACCUACCUUAUUUAGAAAAAUAAAAUCUGGUAUAUUUGCUAUACCUGAGUACCUCAACAAGGAAGUGGUCAGCUUACUCUGUCUCAUGUUACAGGUUGACCCGUUAAAGCGAGCCACAAUCAAAGGUAUCAGGGAACACGAUUGGUUUAAGGACGAUGUACCCAAUUACCUGUUUCCUUCAGAUAAUGACCAAGAUGCCUCCAUUGUAGACUACGACGUCGUGAGGGAAAUAUGUGAGAAAUUCAAUGUGACAGAAAUGGAAGUGAACAGAGCCCUCAUGAGCGGAGAUCGGUACGAUCAGCUCAACAUAGCCUAUCACUUAAUCCUGGAUAAUAACCGAAUAGCUGAUGAAGCUGCUGACUCCGAGAUACAGGACUUUUACCUUGCCUCCAGUCCUCCUGUUGAUUCCUUCCUCAUGGCGAGAUAUGCUCACCUGGGUUUGGGCUCCCCGCCCUCACAGGAUCAAGUUACCAUGGCUACCAGUCCUCUGAAACCACACCCAGAAAGGAUGCCAGAAAUGAAGAGUACUAGUCACACCUUAGAACCAUUGCUGGCGACAACAAACAAAGGACUGACUCCGUCCAAAAAGGCCAAGUGGCAUCUAGGUAUCAGAUCACAGAGUAAGCCUCAGGACAUCAUGCAUGAGGUAUUCCGGGCGAUGAAAACAUUGGACUAUGAGUGGAAGACUGUGAAUCCCUACCACGUCAAAGUUAGGAGGAAGAACCCUGGCUCAUGCAGAUAUAGUAAGAUGAACCUCCAGCUGUACCAGGUGGACCAGAAAAGUUUUCUGCUCGACUUUAAGAGCUUGAAUUUGGUAGAUGUCUCCGAGGGGUCCCUUGGAAACUCCCUGUCCGACUCCAUGGGGCGGAGCAUGUCCGGCUCCCCGCCUUCCUCCCUAUCUGACCUUGAUUACUCCUCAGACAAUGUCUUGUUUAUGCCUGACGAGAGGAUGGAGACAGAUGAUGAGACGCCCCAAUGUCACGUGACUCUUGAAUUCUUUGAGAUGUGUGCGAACCUGAUUACAACAUUAGCACGGUAACCAACGGACAGAAGAUUGGUCUGGCCUAACAUAGUCCGAGACUAUAAGAAACAACCAACAUACAGGAGAUUUACGAGGUCUACCAUAGCCAUAGACCUUAAAUAACAACCAACAAAUUCAGGAAACAACAGAAGACUUAUAAGGCCUACUAUAGCCUGACAGAAACUGUUCUCAUGUUCACUCUUACUCAUCAUCUGCCUGCGGAUGAAACCAUGAAGUCUGGACCUCGUAGUAUUAUUGUGGAAAGAAGCCAUUGUUAUAUUAAAGGUUUUGAUUAGUUUCUAGAUGUAAACUGCAUUGAUGUGUGCAUGCUUAAUAAGAAAAAGGACUUGUUUAUCAAUGCUAUGCACUGUGUUGCAUUUAAAGAACACUAUCAUUAAGCACUCAUUGUAUUGGGAAUAUUUGUAAUGCAGAAUCCUGUGACUAAUUGAUGGAUCUAUGAAAGAGGAUGCCCUAAUAACACCUGUCUUCAGUUUCUGUUCUGGUGUUUUUAGAUAAAACUGUCCUGGAAAUAAGUUAACUUCAGAUAUGUAUAGGCCAGAUCAAAUCUAUCACAGAAACUUAGCUAAGAUAAAUUGUAUAUUGUGGCUUUUAUGUUACGUUUACUUAGCCCUUUCACCACUGUAGACCAUAAAGGACUCAUCCAGAUCAAUGCAUGGUAGAGUCCACUUAAGUUACAUAGGGGUGAAGGGGUUAGAUAGUGCUUUCCGUGACCUUCAGGACAUCUGUGCUGGCAAUUCAUACUGAUGAAGAAUUCAAUAGAUCAGGGGCCCUCGUUGGCAGAGAGGUUAAGGCAUAUGACUGUCAUUGAUCACUAGCCCUCGACCACUGGGUCGCAGGUUCGUGUCCUACUUGGGGCAGUCGCCAGGUACUGACUGCCUGUUGAUGGUUUUUCUCUGGGAACUCAGGCUUUUCUGUCCCUAAAUGUCCAUACUUUUUUAAUAAGAUGUAAAACACAAACAAACCAAACUAAUAUAUCUGUGCUGUAAACUUUUGCUGAUGUCAUAAAAAUACAACUUAUCAGGCCCAAGUUUCAUUAACAUUCCGUAACUUAAGGAAAUUCUUUUUAAAAAACAUUGUGGGGGUUCAAAAUUUAUCUUAAUUAAGUGAUUUAAAUUUUCUUCAGCAAUGCUUUCCAUCGGAAAAGCAUGAAAUAAUGAAUUUCCUCAAAUUAAGUAAAUGUUUAUGAAAUGGAGCUCGAGGUGAGGGCUGUUAAUUUGGACUGUACGGCGAUACAAUUCACUAGAUGUGUGUGCUGUAAGUUUAACUGAUUCAGUGAUGUUCCACACAGUCUAUAGCUAGUCAAUGAUAAACUGAUGUGAGAGUGUUCACGUGUCUCUGUACUGCAGGACACAAGAGCAUGGAAAGUGCUUAUGUUAAUAUUUUUGACACAUGAAAGGUAAAUAUUAUGUAAUGACCAUAAAGAGCCUAUUAUAGACAUAUUUGUAUAUUUUACUAGAUUUGUUGCAGACCUAUUACCUGGUUUUAUUAUUGUGUAUGUUCCUUAAAUAUAUGCAACACAAUGGAAAAAAGUCUAGAUUUUUUGGGGGGAAAAUCUAGGGGGGGAGGAAUGUGACUUAAUUACAUGCCUGAAUUUCGUAUCUAUACCGGUAAUAUAUUUUGUUUGCUUUUGAAUAAACCAGUAACAUACUGGUAAUGGGUUAAGGCCAAAGAUUUGUUUACUUAAAUCAUUCACCCCUGAAGACACAUUUGAACUCUUCCAAUUCAAAGGUUGGAAUAGUUCAUUAUGAAAUUUCAGGGGUGAAUGAGUUAAUAUUCUGUGUUUAGAAUAGACAACCUCUGUAAAGAAAUGUUAAAAAAAACAUAGAUUAGUACAGUAGUUUAAUAUCUGUGUCAAUAGUUAAAUGGGAAGGAUAUAUAUGUUUUGUGAAUUAUAUAAUUUUUGUUUUAAGACUAUUUAGGGCGAGCAAAUAUUUGUGUUGUUUUUUCGAGCUGUUAUUGUUGCUCUAGAACUACAUCAUGGAGUGUUGUUAUGGUAGCCGUGUCUGUGAUAGAAGUAUUGUGAUGAUGUUACGGACAUGGUAGUCUGAGUCAUUGAAAGGUUUUAUCUUGUGAACGAAGCCCUCUGAGUCAUUGAAAGGUUUUAUCUUGUGAACGAAGCCCUCUUGAGUCAUUAAAAGGUUUUAUCUUGUGAAUGAAGCCCUCUGAGUCAUUGAAAGGUUUUAUCCUGUGGUCGAAGCCCUCUGAGUCAUUGAAAGGUUUUAUCUUGUGAUCGAAGCCUUCUGAGUCAUUGAAAGGUUUUAUCUUGUGAUCGAAGCCCUCUGAGUCAUUGAAAGGUUUUAUCUUGUGAACGAAGCCCUCUGAGUCAUUGAAAAGUUUUAUCUUGUGAACUAAGCCCUCUGAGUCAUUGAAAGGUUUUAUCUUGUGAACGAAGCCCUUAUCUUGUGAACGAAGCCCUCUGAGUCAUUGAAAGGUUUUAUCCUGUGAUCGAAGCCCUCUGAGUCAUUGAAAGGUUUUAUCAUGUGAACGAAGCCCUCUGAGUCAUUGAAAGGUUUUAUCUUGUGAACGAAGCCCUCUGAGUCAUUGAAAGGUUUUGUCUUGUGAACAAAGCCCUCUGAGUCAUUGAAAGGUUUUAUCUUGUGAACGAAGCCCUCUGAGUCAUUGAAAAGUUUUAUCUUGUGAUCGAAGCCCUCUGAGUCAUUGAAAGGUUUUAUCUUGUGAACGAAGCCCUCUGAGUCAUUGAAAGGCUUUAUCCUGUGAUCGAAGCCCUCUUGAGUCAUUGAAAGGUUUAUCCUGUGAACCAACCCCUCUUAUUUUUUGAGACAAGAAACAAUACUUACCUCAUCAGAAAACUUGAUGGUAUUAGCAGAUUUGAGGAAAUUACGGAUAUAGUAGUUAAUUAUUUUUCAUGCACGCUUAAUUGUACAGAACCUUUCAGUGCCUAUUGGUAACUACAGUAUUUCGUGUUUCUCUCAGAAAACAAAUCAUGUUCACAUGGUUCAUUAAAUCAUUCACCCCUGAUGACACAUUUGAACUCUUCCAAUUCAAAGGUUGGAAUAGUCCAUCAUGCAGUUUCAGGGGUGAAUGAGUUAAUUUCCCCUCAAUACUGAAUUAACUUUUAAGUAUCAUGUGACAUGUAAGUGACCCACAUUGCGACCCACAUUGCAGUAUACCGGUAUUACAUAAAAAGUGAACAAGUGAAAAUUAAAUGUGUUAAUAAAAGUGAUCACAACUUUUAAGUUGGGCUUUCGUUGUGACUGUUUGCUGUGGGCUAAUUAGAUGAGGACGGGGUAUACGUAUAUAAUGUGUGUUUUGUGGUGUCACAAUCUUGUAUAUAUAGUAAUGGAGGGGAGUGGGGGAGGGCUGUGCUAUAUAAUGGGUACAGUGCUCAUGCAAUUAACUCAUCCACCCUUGAAGACAAAUUUGAACUCUUCCAAAUCAUAAAAUGGAAUAGUUCAUUAUGAAAUUUCAGGGGUGAAUGAUUUAAGCUGAUAACAUAACAAAAUCCAUAUAUAUAUAUAUAUAUGUUUGGAAAGAUGGUCAGUUUGAUUUCAACACCUGAGCGUUUUUGUAUGCCCGGCCACGUGGAAGGUUGUAUAAAGUGUUCAUAUAUAUACAUAUGAUAUAAAUAUAUUUACAUUUAAUAGUUCGGAGGGUCCUGGGUUCGAACCUGGUCUGGAUGUUGCAUUUCUCUUUCUCCUGUUACAAAUUUAAUGGUUCCGGACCAGGAUUGGAACUCUGGACUUCUGAUCAAAUACUGUUGCUCUCACUAAACGAGUUUCCUGGUCAAUAGUAGUAAAGUGACCCAGUCUCUCUUCAGUUAUAUUCAAACAGGAGGGGAGGCUACUCUGUACAGUGGAAUUUAAUUCUCUGGUGUUAAACUGACAAGGGGAUAGAGAUCCUUAAAUAGAACCACUUUUUGGGGGAAUAACAUUUUGAUUUCAUUGGAGAAAUUUGGUUUUUUGUACACAAUGCAAGAUUAAUGAGGAUACAUGAUAGGGACUGCUUUUAAUGUAUAUAUGUACCAAUGACUUACUCAGAUUGUGUGUGCUAAUCAGCUAUAGUACUUAAAAAUGAAAGAAUUUGAAUUCUGCACUUAUUCAAUAUACUUGUACUUUCAUAAUCAUGAUACCUGAAAAAUUAUAUAUCUUAUUCUGAAAACUGUUUGGAAAGAGAAUGUCCUGGUUUGAACUGUGUGGCUAGCAAGGAAAUAUAAAUGAUAUACAUUUCGUUUCAGUGUUAAUUGUGAGAAAUGAUAGAACUGGAAGAAUGAAGCAUGAACAUUGUUUUAUGAAUUGUAUGAUGGCAGCUUAAGUUGGCAUUCCAACCUAGACGUUUCUGUGAAAUUUUUAGUAGAAAAAGUGAAACUACCACUCAUUGAUCAGAGUUAUCUCCCCUUAAUUAUAAUCUGUUGUGACAGAAAUUCGCUGGUAAUCAUUUAAAAUGGAGCAAUAUGUUAAAAUUAAUGCUUUUACAUCACAAAUGAAGCCCAUUUCCUCAAAAAACGCAGUAUGGACUUAAACAUCUAGGUUGGUGACUGCUGACAAUACUGAAUUUACAAGUUCAUACAGAGUUGGAUGUUCUUGUGAACAAUCUGCCCUCAGGCAGCUAGAUUGUAUAUUCUGUGUGUUUGAAGACUGGUUCACGCAGGGCUGAUUUUCACACAUGUAUUUACCAAUGGUGUAAUCUGAUCCAAAUCAACCAAAUUUGAUUGGUUUUUCGUAAAAUUGUAUCUAACCCCAGGAGUGUUAACUCAUUCAUCCCUGAAAUUUCAUGAUGGACUUCUCCAACUUUUGAAUUGGAAGAGUUCAAAUGUGUCUUGAGGGGUGAAUGAGUUAAACACCCAUGACCUGUAUGAAGUGUUUUGGUUGGUUUGGACGAUGAUCUAUAUAUUGAAUGCUCUUCACACAUGUCUAAGCACAGGGAAAGCAUGUACUCUCUGACCUGUUUAUGUAUCGGUGCAUUAGUAGUUGUACAUGUACUCUCAGACCUGUUAACGUAUCGGUGCAUUAGUAGUUGUACAUGUACUCUCUGACCUGUUUAUGUCUCGGUGCAUUAGUAGUUGUACAUGUACUCUCAGAACUGUUUAUGUAUCGGUGCAUUAGUAGUUGUACAGGUACUCUCAGACCUGUUUAUGUAUCGGUGCAUUAGUAGUUGUACAGGUACUUGUAUUGUUACGAGGGGUAGAGAAACUAACAUCACCUUUAGUUUGUAUAUGUUGUUAUACCUGCUAUGCGUUACAAGUAUUGAUAGGAUUAAGCUAUUACUGACAAAUUCAUGUAAUUAUAAGUGAUGUGUACAUACGUAAUAAAACCAGAUACAACAGUC